ACCAAAACUCCAGAGGCCCAUGCAGUUCAGAUAUCCCUUGCUUGUGACGUUGGGGUGGGCCAAGGCUGUUCAGGGCUGGAGAGGUGGAACAGGGACAUGGAGGAGGUCUGGGGAGGUAGAGGCAGCUUGGAACAUCCUUGGGAAUCUCUCCUCCUCAGGAUGAUCCCCAAGGAGCAGAAGGGGCCAGUGAUGGCUGCCAUGGGGGACCUUGCUGGACCAGUGCCUUCCCUGGACCUGGGCAAGAAGCUGAGCGUGCCCCAGGACCUGAUGAUGGAGGAGCUGUCGCUGCGCAACAACCGGGGCUCCCUCCUCUUCCAGAAGAGGCAGCGCCGCGUGCAGAAGUUCACCUUUGAGUUGGCGGAAAGUCAGCGGGCGAUGCUGGCCGGAAGCGCCAAGGGGAAGGUGACCCGGGCGGCGGCGCUGGAGCCUGGGACGGUUGCCAACGGCCCCGAGGGGCAGAGCUACCGCUCGGAGCUCCACGUCUUGCCCGCCGCGUCCGGGGGUCCCGAGGGCGCCCACUUUGCAGCUGCCCCGGCGGAGUGCGCCCGCAGCCCCAGCGCGCUGGCGCCAGUUCCCUCCCCCAACCAGGCUACGCUGAGCGAUGAAAGCGGUCCCGCUUCAACCAGCCGCAUCGCCCAAGGGGGCUACCGCUGCCCGUGGCAGGAGUUCAUCAGCUACCGGGACUACCAGAGCAAUGGCCCAAGUCAACCGAGCCCCGCGGACUACCGAAAUUUCAACAAGACCCCGGUGCCGUUCGGAGGACCGUUCGUGGGGGACACCAUUCCCAGGGCAGGCACCCCCUUCAUCCCGGAGCUCCUCAGUGGCUUGGAACUCCUCCGCCUCAGACCCAGCUUCAACAGAGUGGCCCAGGGCUGGGUGCGCAACCUCCCGGAGUCUGAGGAGCUGUAGCCCCAGCCUGAGUCUUCAGUUCUCCAGCCUCAGGGUUCUGGUACCAUCUGGAGCCAACUUGUGGACAGUACUUCACAGUCUAGGAAGGGCCUUGGCUCUCAAAGCCUUGUUGCAAAUGGCCUCAAAGGCCGCAAAGUUGAGUAGUCCCCCAAAGUGAGUGUGCUUCGAAAUUACUUGGGAAUGUUGUUCCUAAUGCAGAUUCUGACCUGCCCCAGCCUUGCACUCCCUAUUAAUGACAGUACCCCAGGUGAUUCCCGUGUCACUUGUCCGUGGUUUGUAUCUUUAGGAAUUCCGCAGCUUAUACUCCCCCAGCGACAGGGUGCUCACUGGCAGCCCAUCUUUAUGUGAAUAACUCUGAUGGUUAGAAAGAUAUUCUAGUAUUAGACCUCUAACAUGCAGUUGGUCUUCACCAUGCUCUAAACAUUUCGCAAGCACUGAUUGAGUGCUAGACACUGUGCCAGGCGCAGGCCGCAAGGAGGAAAAGAUAGUAGGGAAGACAGAUUUGUAAGGCAGGAAGUCAUCUUAUUUUAAUUUGACAACUGAGGAGCAAAGUGCCACGGGGCAGAGGAAGGGGUGGGGUUCCAGCAACUUCCCAGAGGAUCUGAGCAGGACCUUGGAGGAGGAGUGAGUCCGUAGGAGAAGAGGGCGCGGCGGGGAGAGCGUUCCUGGAGAGUGGCCCGGCGCGUGCAAAGGUGUGGACGUGAGCACGGGCGUGGGUGUCCUGGAGACCGGAGGAGGCUGCGUUAGAGGAGUCGGUGAGGGCCAGGGUGAGUGGGCUUUGCUAAGGAGAUGGGGACGGUUUUAGCGAUGAGUCUUGCUGGCUGCUGUGUGGGGCGCAGACUGGAGAAGAGUAAUGCCAGAGGCCGGAACGUCUGCAAGGGACAAGGCCAUGGGGCUGGACAGAGGGGCCACCCACCGGGCACUUACAGGACAGGUGCAAAGUGGCGCACUGAUUAAGACUUCUUUCCACCCUCCAUUCUGGGCAGGCCCCUUAGUUCCGGUGAUGGUGGUGGUGAUGAUGGUGGUGGUGGUGGUAACAGCUGCUUUCUAUUUGGUGCCUCAGUGCCUGGGCUGGUAGUAUAGGUUCUCUACGUAUCUUAUUUCUAAUUCUCAGUGCAACCUUGAGAGAAAGCUAUUUUACAGAUGUGGAUAUCCAGGCUCAAAAGGGAGAAGUGACCUGUGCAGGGCUAGGGUCAAAAUGGGACUGUGUCUGACUCCAGUGGCUGGCUCUGCACUGCGCUGGGUGGGGGCCCACGCCCACUCACGGGGUUUAGAAGUCAGGAGCGCGGGCAGGCUGGGGCCAGACUGGAUGGGAUGGGUGUGACUGUGCUGCUGCCACCAUGUGGGCUGGAGCCAGUCAUUGCACUUCUCUGGGCCACCAUUUCUCCAUCUGUGAGAGGAAGACAAGUCUGGAGUCUCCUUUAUAGGGUUGUUGGGAGCACAGUGCAGGACUCAUUCAUGCUAAGAGCUCGGUCGAUGUUGGGAUUCAUGCAGCUGCUGCUCUGGGCUGGAAAAGAUGUUCUUGCCGUGGGUGCAGCUUGAGAAGCAGGCUGCUGGGUGUCACUGGGGGCCGGGACAGCUGAAGCCUGCAGGAAAGCCUUUGGCCGCUGCGGGGCUCCCUGUGGGCAUGAAUCACCGCCUGCCCCCGUUGCCUCCCUCUGUCUCCUCCCUGAUUUUCUCUCCGGGAGACAGGGAGGCGAGGAAGUUCCCGGGGUGGGUGGAAUAGCGGUUGCCUUUUCCUUUUGCUCUGGACUUUCACGCCCCUUCUGGGUCCCAAGAGACCAGCAGCCUGACUCUUAGAAUUGCUGCCAUCCGUGUGUUCUCCUGAAUUUGGGGGCUGCCUUUAAAGCCCCCAUGGGCUUUCCAUGAGCUGGAGACCAACACUAACGUGUCUGAGGAGUGCAGAGAGGACUUGGUCUGCCGUGGGUUGUCUGCCGUGCUCUGGGAGGUCACCGCCGCUGCCAGGUGCGGAAGGGAGCCUGGUGGGGACACUGCUGCACCCCAGGCGGAUCCUUCUUUCUUUCUUCUUCUGAUAUGACUUUUGCUGAUGUUGUGAAAAAGAAAAAAAAAUGCUUAUUGUAAAAAUAACAAACAAGAAAUAAAAUGCGAAGUUACCUGCCCAUGUAAUCCCUCCUGUGUGCAUACACACACCUCCCACCCUCCUGCAUUCUGUCCCAUUCCCACAUUCCAGAGGGAACCACUGGUGACAGUUGUUCCUUCUAGAAUGCUAGAAUUAUUUGGAUAAAUAUGUACGUGUGUAUAGAUGCAUAGGUACACAGGCAAUUCUUUGUCUUAAGGGAAUUAUACCAUAUGUAUUGUUUUGUAUUUUGCUGCUUUAUUCAACAACAAAUUUGCAUGCUGAAAAAGCAAGUCAUUAACCUUUUGUUUGGUUUAGGGGCCUACCAAGUCCUUCCUAUAAAACUCUAUAUUUUUGCCUGUUUUUGUUUCUUCUAUAAAUUAAAUCAUACAGUGAUACGGAAAUUAAAAAGACUAAAAAUAGUGAAAAUAUUGAGAAACCUGACAUUAAACAUAGCAAUGAUGAACAUAAAUGAACUACAUUUCAUGCAACAGCGUAGAUGCAUCUCAGAAACAUAAUGGUAAGCAAAGGAAGGCAGAUAAACAUGUUUCCUGAUGUGAGGAAAGACUUCAUAUAAAAGUCAGAGUAGCGAUAACUUGGGAGGUGAGAAGGGUUUGUGAAUGUGAAGGGCACAUAAAAUGCUCCUAGGGUAACUGGAAAAACUCGAUUUCUAGGUCUGGGAAUGGCAAAAGUUACUUUUCACCAAAUGUACCCCAGCUGUGUACCCUAGAGGAUAAGGGAAUGGAAUUUGGUAAGCACAUAAGAGUUUUUGGCAAAACCUAAUUGCUCAUCAUGCUGAUCUAACAAAGAUGAAUUACUUAAAAAAAAAAAAAAAGACGAAUUGAGCACGUAUUCUAUACUUCAAUUUUUUAUGGUUUGUGUUUUUAAAAAAUCCAUUAACCAAAGCACAGAUAUUACGAUCUCUUCUCCAAAA